UAUAGAUAUGAUUUAGAUAAACAGUUUUAUAAAUUUUGUCUAUUCAUGAUUUUAUGUUUAAUUUUUUUACUUCUAACAUUAUUGUUAAGCAAAGAGAUGUUGAAAGGGUAAAAAAAGGAAUUGAUGAGGGGGACCAAGUAAUGAGUGAUAAUGAAAAAGUGAAUAAAAAAUAAAAAAGCAAAUGUUGUAAUAAGUCACUGCACAUAGACUUUUAAAGAUGACAACUUAUGCACUUAUUUGUAAGAAAAUGGCAGCAAAGAAAGGCUUCAACCUGUCAUACAUUUUACGUAAAGGCUGAUAGGAUAUUUGGUUUGUCAUUGCUCACUGCCUCUUUGGAGUAUUCAAAAUGCUGUCGACAUGUUUUCAAAUUUAUAGGUGUAUUGUGUUCCCUUUUCUUUAAAAAAAUUCUGCUUUAUCUAGACAUCCAUAUUAUGUUCAUACUAUGGAGGAAGCAAUGGCAACUGCUAGGUGGAAGAAAUGGAGGGAUGUGGAUUUGUUGAAGAAGCAGAUGGAGACUUAUUGUGAAAAUGGUUUGGAGCCUUGGACACCAGAUAAGCUCCCCUAUCCCUCAG